GCACAGCAGUAAUUAAAGCAGCUUGUUUAUGUUGAUGUAACACAUAAUUCACCAUUGACUGUACACUCCUUGGUUCAGGAUGUAUAAAAGCAGGGCAUGGUUUUUCCAGGCUCCAGAGCUGUGCUUUCAUCGGGGCUUUGUGUGAUUCUUAUUUCUCUUGGCACACCCCAAAAAAAUGAUGCCAUUUAUAUCUCAGGAUUUUGGUCACCUGAUUUUUAUCCCCUUCCCCUCAGAGGGAAACUACAGUCUUGAAAGUGUGCUUUGAAAUACAGUUCAUUCUGUGAGGCCAUGGCUGAGCCGAUGAGUAAUGAACCCCCAAAGGAACUGGCAGCAAAGAUUUUCUUAAUAUAGACUGAUUACUGAGACAUACCGGUAGGACUGAUAGCAAGAGUUUGUGUCUAAUUUUUCUCUCUGGGGUUGAAGAAGAUUCAGAUGUCAAAGCCAUCGAUAUAAUUGCUGAAGUUUUCCUUGGAAUCAGGACAUGAGGAACAAAGUUGUUUUUGUGGACUGUGAAACGUGGUGAUUCAGGAUGCCUAUGGAAGGAUGAACAGUAACUUGGUUCCUCCUCAGCAGUUAAGGAACCCCGGGAUCUGAUUGGGGUAAAAUGGGGAAUGUUAAUGAAAAACAAAAAGCUUGGAAGCAGAGCAAUUUAUACCUCUGGAAACAAGAUUCCCAGCGCUCUCAUCUCUCCUCCUUCACCAUGAAGCUGAUGGACAAAUUUCACUCGCCCAAAAUCAAGAGAACACCAUCAAAGAAAGGAAAACCAGCCGAUGUGCCUGUGAAAACUUUUGAGAAACCUGUGAACAAAGAGGCCACAGACAAUUUUCUACCAGAGGGCUACCCUCCUCCCUUGGAUCUGGAUCACCAAGCAGUACAAUUUAUGUCCACCAGUGCUGUGGUUCCCAGGUCUCAGAGGCAGAAGAAUCUCAGCUGGCUGGAAGAGAAAGAAAAAGAGGUGGUCAGUGCCUUGCGCUACUUUAAGACCAUUGUGGACAAAAUGGCAAUUGACAAGAAGGUACUGGAAAUGCUUCCAGGUUCGGCCAGCAAGGUCCUGGAGGCCAUCCUGCCCCUAGUGCAGACAGACCCUCGCAUUCAGCAGAGCUCAGCCAUCUCCUCUUGCUACAGCCGGGUGUAUCAGAGUCUAGCCAAUCUCAUUCGUUGGUCAGAUCAAGUGAUGCUGGAAGGUGUGAACUCGGAAGAUAAAGAGAUGGUGACAACUGUGAAAGAAGUCAUCAAAGCUGUUUUGGAUGGAGUGAAGGAGCUUGUCAGGCUCACAAUAGAGAAGCAGGAGCAUCCAUCUCCCACAAGUCCAGUUAAGCCCAGCUCACCAGCCUGCAAAACUGACAGCCAACCUGAGCUCCCAUUGACUGACCGGGAAAUGGAGAUUCUCAACAAGACAACUAGUAUGUCCCAAUCAACGGAGCUGCUGCAUCCUGACUCCAUGGAUGAAGAGGUUGCUCCUCCCAAGCCCCCCCUCCCUGGCAUCCGAGUGGUGGAUAAUAGUCCUCCACCAGCUUUACCACCCAAAAAGAGGCAGUCGGCACCAUCUCCCACCAGAGUGGCUGUGGUUGCACCCAUGAGCCGGGCCACCAGUGGCUCAAGUUUACCUGUUGGAAUCAAUAGACAGGACUUUGAUGUGGACUGUUAUGCCCAAAGGAGGCUGUCUGGGGGCAGCCAUUCAUAUGGCGGGGAAUCCCCUCGCCUCUCCCCGUGCAGCAGCAUCGGCAAGCUGAGCAAGUCCGACGAACAGCUGUCCUCCUUGGACCGGGACAGUGGCCAGUGCUCCAGGAAUACAAGCUGUGAAACACUAGAUCACUAUGACCCUGAUUAUGAAUUUCUACAGCAAGACCUCUCCACUGCUGACCAGAUACCUCAGCAAGUAGCAUGUAACCUUAGCCCAUUGCCAGAAUCUGUUGGUGAAUCUGGCUCUCCUUUCCAUGGACGUCCUUUCCAGCUGCCACCCAGCAACUCCCCACAGCCAGAGCUUGGCAAUCCCUUGCCCAUGGGGCAUCCUACGGACACACCUCCUGCCCUGCCUGAGAAGAAGCGGAGGAGUGCAGCCUCUCAGACCACGGACAGCUCCAGCUCCAGCUGUAGAGUCUCCUAUGAGAGGCACCCUUCCCAAUAUGACAAUAUCAUGGAGGAUGAUCUCCAGAACCCGGCCUCCCUCCAGCCAGGAUCAUUCACGCCAUUCGCUGCUGUCCUCCCCUUCCAGCAAGGAGGCUCUUCAGCCAAUUUUGUGUCUGAUUUUGCUGCUCCCGAUUCAAUGGGUGACCCCGAGAAACCACCUCCUCUACCUGAAAAGAAGAACAAACACAUGCUGGCCUACAUGCAGCUCCUUGAGGACUACUCAGAGCCCCAGCCUUCCAUGUUCUACCAGACGCCCCAGAACGAGCACAUCUACCAGCAGAAGAACAAGCUCCUCAUGGAGGUCUACGGCUUUAAUGACUCCUUCACCCAGGAGCUGGCCCCGCCCCCUGCCCUGCCCCCCAAGCAGAGGCAGCUGCAGGCCUCCUAUGCUGCCUCUUCCUUCUCUUCUGUCUCCUACUGUGUCCAGCCAACUAAAGUGCCCUUCACGCCUGAGGACGCCAGUGCCACUCAGGGUCUCGGUAUGUCCAUCUCUAACUCCUUUCUCAGCCGGCACAGCUCCUUCCCUGUGCACUCGUAUAAAUCUGUGUUUAGGUCCUACUCCCAGGACUUCAUGCCUCACAACCAAGCUUCCGUUCCACCUUUCCUCUCGUCUACCUCCUCUUCCUCUCCACAUUUCCCACCUGUCCACCAGUCUCAGAGCUCUGACCUAGCAGUGCCAACCACAGCCAGCCUGCCUCCCAGCACUGUGGAUGGGCCCAAUUCCUGUUCUCAGGAGAGCAACUUGAAUGGGAAUUCUGUCUACCUUCCUUCUGAAACCUCUUUCACUGAUUCUCUCCAGACGCCUUCGGAAUCACCAGCUACAAAAGAUGGACAUCCCAAAGAUUCCUCUUCACAUGGUGGGAAAGAAAACAGAGAAGGUGGUGAAAGGCAGCUGAAGUCCCCCGAUGGUUUGGAAUCGACCCAGUCAGAGGAGGAAGUGGAUGAACUCUCUCUGAUUGACCACAAUGAAAUUAUGGCUAGGUUGACGUUAAAACAAGAGGGUGAUGAUGGGCCAGAUGUCCGUGGGGGAUCUGGGGAUAUAUUGCUGGUCCAUGCAACUGAGACCGAUAGAAAAGACUUGGUUUUGUACUGUGAAGCCUUUUUGACAACCUACAGGACAUUUAUCACCCCUGAGGAACUCAUUAAGAAGCUACAGUAUAGAUAUGAGAAGUUCUGCCCCUUCCCAGACACAUUCAAGAAGCGAGUCAGCAAGAAUACUUUCUUCGUGCUGGUGCGGGUAGUGGAUGAACUGUGCCUGGUGGAAUUAACUGAAGAGAUCCUAAAGCUCUUGAUGGAGCUGGUGUUCCGGUUAGUGUGCAGUGGGGAGCUGAGCCUUGCCCGGGUCCUCCGGAAGAAUAUCUUGGACAAAGUGAACCAAAAGAAGAUGCUAAAGUGUGCCAACUCGGACCAACCCCUGGCUGCUCGAGGGGUGGCUGCCAGGCCUGGGACUCUGCAUGACUUCCACAGCCAUGAGAUUGCUGAGCAGCUGACACUGUUGGAUGCUGAGCUCUUCUACAAGAUAGAGAUCCCAGAAGUUUUGCUUUGGGCAAAAGAGCAGAAUGAAGAGAAGAGCCCUAACUUGACACAGUUUACUGAGCACUUUAAUAACAUGUCCUACUGGGUUCGUUCAAUAAUCAUGUUGCAAGAAAAAGCCCAGGACAGAGAACGGCUGCUUCUGAAAUUUAUCAAGAUCAUGAAGCACUUGAGGAAGCUAAAUAACUUCAACUCGUAUCUGGCUAUCCUUUCAGCACUGGACUCAGCACCCAUCCGGAGGCUGGAGUGGCAAAAACAGACCUCAGAGGGCCUGGCCGAGUACUGCACUUUGAUUGACAGCUCUUCCUCCUUCCGGGCCUAUCGGGCGGCUCUUUCUGAGGUGGAACCUCCAUGCAUCCCAUACCUGGGUCUGAUCCUGCAGGACCUCACCUUUGUUCACCUCGGAAACCCAGACUACAUUGACGGGAAAGUGAAUUUUUCCAAGCGCUGGCAGCAGUUCAACAUCCUGGACAGUAUGAGAUGUUUCCAGCAGGCACAUUAUGAAAUCCGCAGAAAUGAGGACAUCGUGAACUUCUUCAAUGAUUUCAGUGACCACCUAGCCGAGGAGGCCUUAUGGGAACUCUCUCUCAAAAUCAAACCCCGGAACAUAACUCGGCGAAAAACAGAUCGAGAAGAGAAGACCUAGGAGGGGGAGCAGUGAGCGAGCGAGCCGCUCAGGAGACACGCCGAAGGCAGCUAGGAGACUGGAAUAGACAUUUGGGCCUGUUACUGGACAGCUCGCCCCUGCGGCGAGACGUGACUCUCCCCCCACCCCCACCCCCUCUACGCCCCAGCCGGCUCUGCCAGUGCCCCCUUUUCGGAGCCCAGAUGGGCGGCAGCCAGGCCAGCCCCUCCAGCCUGGAUGGACAGCAGCUCCUCCAGCCGUGGCAAGGAAUUCUCCAGGACUCCUUCUAUUUUUUCCAGAUGGAGCCAACCUCACUCCAUACCUGGAGGGAGGAGACUCCAUGACCCCAGCGGAGGCCAUUCAGGCUUUGUGACUGGUCUGCAAGCCGGUUUUUUCCCUUAUGGACAUUGGACUGCUUGCCUUCAAGCCUUGUUUCACACUGUGAAGAGGCAGCAGAAUGAGGGGGCCCCUGUCCUGCCCCCCCUUAGAUCUUUGACCUUCCUAAGCCGUAACUCCCUGGGUGUAAGGAAGGGGUCCCUAUCAGAAGAGCUGUGUGGGUGAGGGUGGAUCUGGUCUCCUUGUGGAGAUUGUUUUGGGUCUGUGUGGAAUUGAGGAGAUGCUCUCCCAAAUGGGGGGGCCACCAUCUGGCCGGGGACUCCGGUUGGUGCUGCCACGGUGCUGUCUCUUGCCCGCUCCCAGACUCGGCUCUCCAAUAGCAGAGGGUGUCAGACGCCUCCAGAAAGCGGCAGGGGCCUGGGUUUCUCAGGAGCCGGGACCCCCUUGUGGCAGUCCCAGCCCUGGCUUCCUGAGGUGUGGAGUAAAUAUCAAUGUCCGUAAUGGGGGAUGCCAGGAUGAGAAAGUCUGGGAAGUUUGGUCUAAAGCCAGGGCCUUGGAGUGGCUCAGGCUCGGGUCGGACAGGGGAAGCAGCCCCCCACCCACUCCCUUUAACACUUUAUCAACCUUCCCCACUUAAAAGGCGCCUCUUCAGGUAUUACUUCCUGUAGAUCUCCUCUUAGGAGCUCCCCUUAGGAGCAGGGAGAGGGGCUUGCAGGAAGGCAGGCUCUACUGUUAGAGCAAGAAAUCCGGAGGCUUGUGUUCUGGAAUGAAGGAAGACUGCCUUGUGGAGUCUGAUCAGAGGGGGGCAUUUCUCCUGUCCUGUUUCUCCUCACCAGCCUGCUGCCAGCCAGCUGGGUCCCUGGGCAUCUCCGGAGAUCUGUGAGCCUCCCCCACCCCCAAUCCUGAGUCCUGUUCCGGUCUGCUGAGUGCGUGCCUUAAACUUCACCUCCAUCUUUUUUUCACCUCUUCUCUUGCCAUUUCCUUCCUUCUAGGAUGCUUUAUGGCCUCUUGGGACGACUCCCCCUCCUCUGGUCCAGCAGAGCCCCUCCUGCCAAGUUUAUGUUGCACAUUGAACCAGCUUUUGUCUCUUUUUAGGAAGAAUUCUUUUUCUCAACAAGAGUCGCUUUAGGUAACCCCUUCCCCUAUUUAAGUCAUAUAACAGAGAGAAAGAAGGCUUGGCUGUUGGAAGUAGACAUGGCGGGAUGGUGUAAGUUCCCAACUGGUCAUUUAACACGUCCAGGUUUUGGGGGGCAUUUCUCUGAAUCCACAUCAGUACUUUUUCUGUGGUGCUUUUGGAAAACAUGUUUGGUUGCCUAGAUUGACAAGCCAGCAAAGACCUUGUGGAAAGAGAGAUGCAGACGUAAUUGGGGAGAACUUGUUGGGGGAAGAGGGGCGGUGGAGGGGAUAGAGACCCCCUUGGUCAAGCAGAACCGAAGGCUUCCAGGAGGUUCCUGGCUCCCGUUAUUGAUCGUCCCGUGCAGUUUACAAGCAGACCAGGAGGCUUUGGGAUGGGUGAAACUGACCCGGGGCAUGUGGCAUGUGCAGGUGUUUCAUGGAACUCUACCCUUCCCCUGUGGAACAGAGGCAAGCAGCCUUCGGGGGCUUUGGCUGCUUGCAGCCCCAGUUUUCACAUUAAUGGAACAAAAGAAAAAAAUCUAUGAACAUCUGUUGAUUAUUUAAACAGAUGUGGGAGUUUGGGUUUUUUUAGAAACAACCAGGACACUUCAUUUUGCCGUCCAACGUGGGCCUUGGGGCAUCUUUUAUCGAGAAGUCGUAUCUUUUUUUUUUUCCUGUAAAUAGAGAAGAGAGAAAAAAGGAAUCUGUGAAAUGUUGAACAGACCUAGAGGUGGUUCUGAAAGAGUCACUUUAUUAUUUAAAGUUGUAGUCUGGAUGGCUCAUUAACAGUAUUGUUUGUGUGGGUGGUUCUCCUUUCUGUUUUCUCUUUCCAAGUUGUCCUUUCAUUUCAAUCUUUUUCCAGCUUCAUUCCCACAGCUGCCUCUAUACCCUGGGGUUGGGGAAGAGGUUACCCAUUGAAUGUUGGAGUGUGUGUGUGUGUGUAUGUCCUCAAGCUGAGUGCUUGUGAAUCCAACAGGUGCUGGUGGGAAGGGGGGGGGGGUUAAGUGGGGCAACUCCCUCUUUGGGAUUCUGGAAAUGUAAGAUAACCCUGGGCUUCAGGACAAGUCUGUUGGAGUCGGUCUCCAGCUCUUGGCCCUGGUGUGUGGUUUUUAAGGUUUUUUUCUUCAAAAAUAGACCCCAAAUAUCACCCCUACCCCCCAGUCAAUUCCAGCUGCAGAAUCAUUCCUGUUGCUGACGAGUUAGGGACCCCCUUUCCCCACCCUCUCAAUCUGGAUACUUGUCUGUGAGCAGGGACCACCUCCUGGUCCCCCAUGGUGGAGAGAUGGGUGCACCUCAUUACAGCUGUGUCUCUGAAUGAGCCGGCAGAGGUCCCACCCCAAACACAGAGACGGGGGGGGGGGGGGGGGGGGGGGGGAAGGGGAGAGGGACGGUAAUGUUCUUGGACCUGCCUGGUCCACUUGCCUUACCACCCCCUCUCCUGCUCUGUGCCCUUCACGGUCUGAGCCCAGUGCCUUGGUGAGCCCAGGUGACCCAACUGAGCUGCAUAGGUGGAAAGGGAUCCCUCCCUGUCCCUGGUCCAUGGCCCAUUGCAUGAGUUCAUAGAGUGAGGUGUAGUAUUUUUUAAUUUAUUGGUGAAGAUUUGGGCUUUCCUUCUUCCCCGCCAUCAGAAUUCCCCUCCCAGUCUCUGCCAUUCCCCAGCUCAGUGCCACGGACCUGGGACUGCCGUACAUAUUUCAUUUCUUCAAGGGAGAGGAAGGGUGGGGUGGGGGGACAGAAGUGCUGCCUGAAAGGACAGAAGGACCAGGAUUCGUUGCCUUUCUGUACAGAAAGGUAAGCCUCUUCUGCCACUCUGUGUGCUGGGCAGCGGGAGCCCAGGCCGAUGGCGAACAGAGCCACGGCCCUCCUCCUGCAGCUCCUGUCCAGAGCCUCCCCUCCUGGAAGCCCCUGCCCCCUCCCCCUGUUACAUUGUACUAUAUAUUCCCUACUAACCCAUCCCAAUAGUGACAUCUCCCCACAGACAUUUCAAAUGUGUAACUUUUAUGUUAAAGACAAAUAAACACGGAUGAAAGCCCCGGCCUAAUGAUCAUGUUUACAAUGCAUGCAGCCGUGUGUGCGAGAGAUUAAAGUGACAAUCAAACACCCUUGGGUUGGGCUUGCCUCCUGUGUUCUGUGGCUCUCCGUCUCGGGUCAACUUGGUGAUGGAAGCGUUGGAGGUGUGUGAAGAACCUCCCUUUCUGUGUGUUUGUGGGGCCUCCCGGUAACUGGAAAAGGAGAAGGGGGUGACACUGAGUUUUGACCCCCAGAAGUCAGAAGGAGCCACCAUCUCAGUUCCUCCUCCUGGAAGUAAGGUGACUUGGGAAGUGAGGAAUCCUUCUUCGUAAGGCUUCAGGCAGAGCGAUGGAUGUCAGUGAUGUUGUAGGAAGGGUUGUGAGCCAGAAAAUGCCGUGCAAAAACCAGACAGAAGGAAGGGCUGCCUUCCUCUCCAAAAGUGAGCCAUAAUGCCCUGUAAGUCUCUGUCCCAGUUUCCCUUUCUAGUAACAGUCAUGGGGCAAAGGAAGGCCCAGGGUAGAUAACAGCUGGCUAAGUGCAUGGGCGGUGCCAGCGGGGGCUUGGGGCAGAGAGCAUCAGCCCGGAGUCCGGAAGACCUGAAUCACUGGUGGCCCCAGACACUGGGCUGUGGGACCCUGGGCAGCUCCUGUGUGCGGGUGAAGGAAGUGGCGAGCACGCCGGCGUCUGCUGAGAAAGCCCUGCCCAGGAUUGUGAGUCGGACAGGCCCGAACACCAGAACACACGGGGUCCGUUUGGGUGCUUCAAGGCCAAUCUGGGGGCAAACUUCUCUCAUGAUCAGCCCCUUCACUGACCACCCGCUCGUGUGUGCAAGGGCCUGUGGGAGAUGGUCAGGGAUGUUAGAAGCAGAGGGCGGCGCCGCUCAUGAGAGGUUGCAGUCUUACAGGGAAGGGGCGGGACGCAGGCCCAUGGGGGAGAGACAGAUGGACAAGACAAGAGUCACUUGGUAAAAUGCAAGUCACUUAACCCCAGUUGCCUCAGCAAAAACAAAACAAAGUAAAAAAAAAAAUGAUUUGAGAAAUACUAUGAACAGACUUGGAAUAUCUUUUAUUUUGUGCUUUGCUUUUUGACACAUCCCACUAUGUAUUGGAUAGAGCAAAGAAGACCUAGAUUCAAGGUGGUGACUUUCUAAUGCUCUUUGAAGAGGAGUUGACCUGCAUUAAUAGGAGUUUUCUCAUCCCCAUGGCUACUAGGUAUCUGUGGCAGGAUUCGAAUCCAGAAUGCCGAGUCCAGCCUCUCUACGCUAUACCUUUCUGCCCUACCUCCAGAACUGGGAAAGGGGGAGCUUCUUGGAGAAGGUGGGACAAACUGAAGGGAUGGUGUAAGAUGCACGUGGCCCCACGGAGGGCAGUGACAUCGGCAGGGUGGCUUCGUGUGGGAGAUGACUAGAAGGUUGGGUGGAUCCGCUGUGAAGAAGCUAAAACUGGCCAGAGGGUUUGGAUUGUCUCCUGUAUCCCAACAGCUCCAAGGGCUAUGUCAUUGCAGGAUGGAGCCCUCCCAAAUAACCAGCCACACAGAGGUGAUUCCUGCGUCACCUUCUAAGCCCAAAGCUCACCUCUCAGAGCAUCUGACCUAUUCUGGAGCACCCACUUAUCCACUGGGAAGAGGGGCAGUUAGCUGACAAGUGUGAGGGUUUGGAGAGGGGGUAAUCAGUCUGGCUUCUGGUUAUCCCUGCAGUGACCCUCCUAUCUGCCCAGCAAGACCCCGUCUGCUAAGGGUGACCAGACCAGACCACCAAGACCUCUUCCCUGAAUCCAUAAGCAAAGACACCGACACCGGAGAGGAAGG